AUUGCUGCCCCUCACAAACAUGGCGCCGCUCAGGACGCGCUGCUGCAAUGCAAACUAAACACUUUUAACCAAGUUUGCCAAAGUUAAGGACUGCCUUAUCUUUGUGAAAGCCAAGGAACAAAGAUGGAUUCUGUUUACAUUAAACAGGAAGAGAAGCCUGAACUGGAGCCUGUCCACAUUAAAGAAGAACAGACUGAACUGGAGCUUGUCCACAUUAAAGAAGAGACUGAACUGAAGCCUGUCUACAUUAAACAAGAGACUGAACUGGAGCCUGUCCACAUUAAAGAAGAAAAGACUGAACUGGAGCCUGUCCACAUUAAAGAAGAAGAGACUGAACUGGAGCUUGUCCACAUUAAAGAAGAAGAGACUGAACUGGAGCCUGUCCACAUUAAAGAAGAAGAGAUUGAACUGGAGCUUGUCCACAUUAAAGAAGAGACUGAACUGAAGCCUGUCCACAUUAAAGAAGAGACUGAACUGGAGCCUGUCCACAUUAAAGAAGAAGAAACUGAACUGGAGCCUGUCCACAUUGAAGAAGAAGAGACUGAACUGGAGCCUGUCCACAUUAAAGAGGAAGAGACUGAACUGGAGCCUGUCCACAUUAAAGAAGAGGAGACUGAACUGGAAGAAGAAUCUACUGACUUGUUGUUUAAGGAUUCAGAACACAUAUCCGGGCCAAAGAUAUCAUCACAUCAAUGUAAUGAAUGUGGGAAGAGCUUCAGUCGGUUAGGACACCUAAAUAGACACCAACGAAUUCACACUGGAGAGAAGCCGUUUCAAUGUACUGAAUGUAGAAAGAGCUUCCGUCACUUGGGAAACCUAAAAACACACCACCGAAUUCACACUGGAGAGAAGCCGUAUUACUGUACUGAAUGUGGGGAGAACUUCAGGGAGUCAGGAAGCCUAAAUAGACACCAACGAAUUCACACUGGAGAGAAGCCGUAUCAAUGUACUGAAUGUGGAAAGAGCUUCCGUCAUUUAGAAGGCCUAAAAAAACACCAGCGAAUUCACACUGGAGAGAAGCCGUAUCACUGUACUGAAUGUAGGGAGAGUUUCAGUCAGUCAGACUCCCUAAAAAGACACCAGCGAAUUCACACUGAAGCCAGUCUCCCUCCCUCCCAGUCCCUCACCUCUCCACCCUGCUUGUUUGAGUGUGUGGAGAUCUGCCUGAUUCCUUGUCUCUCUCUCACCCUGCAGUAAAUGAAGGGGGUCCCCAGGAGUGAGAGCCAGCCUGAAUCCAGAGACACUGAGAAGGGGAGCGUGUCAAACUGAAGGAGACAGACCCAUUCUUUCAGAAUGAACUGGAGAGCCCUGGGAUUCAGCUCCACUCCUGCCCCUGAAUUGGAAAUUAAUCUCACUCAUCAUGCUGUUAGGAUUUAGGACAGUGUUACAGGGUCAUUCCACUUAGAAGGGACACAUUGGAAAUAUAUGCCAAGCUUUUUCUCUGAACACUGAUAUGUGUGAUGCAAACUAAGGCUGAGGCGAUGCAUCGUAUCGUUUGACAAUUAUCGAUAGUCAAGCCUGUGCAUAGUUUUUGUGUAAAGAGUUUAAGCAAAUGUAAGCUUUUAUUUUUUAUUAAAGUUGGAAACUAAAUUGGUCAGAUUCUGGACAGAAUCUGCGCAGAAUGAUCUCCAUGAACGCUCCCUGUAUGUACUGUGUGUGAGUCCUGCGUGCACGUAACCAUACGGGAGCCUGCGUGCUUAUGAAAAUGUGUGUUUUAAAUGUUUUACUCCUGCUUGUGUCUGUAGUUAUAGUUAUGGUACCAUGAUUUCUAACUUUUAUAUUCUUACUUUCGUGAGCCUUAAUAAAGUUCAUAAUUUUUA